GAACCGGGGGAGUACUGCCUCUGCUAACCAUGUAAAUCGAUUAUAUUAUCAACACGGUUACGGACGAGUUUAUACAACACUAAUAAAUAUUGAAGUUAAUCGCUUAAACUUCGAACCAAAACAAUAGAAAUAUUAAAUAGUUUACACAUAUAAUAUAUAUAUAUGUAUAUAUAUAUAUAUUUUAUAUAUAUUACUUCGCGAUGGUAGAAAAUAAAUCUGAAGAUGACGUGGUUACAACAACGACUUUUCUCACUGCACAAUCCGUACGAUUGGAUAAAGCCAUUGAAAUGAUCGGUUUCGGAAAAUUUCAUUAUUAUAUGUUAUUUAUUUGUGGAACAGUUUACAUAGCCGUCAGUAUAAGUUUGACUUCGGUAUCAUUCAUUGUACCGUCAGCACAAUGCGAUUUUCAAAUGACUUCUUUUCGGAAAGGAUUCCUCAACGGAGCUUCGAUGAUCGGAAUGUGCAUUGGAAGUUUCAUUUGGGGCUACAUAUCGGACUCCUACGGUAGAAGAAAGGCAUUGAUAUUCUGCAUGCUGAUGGAUGGUUUAUUCAAUCUCGUAUCUAGUGUAUCCCAGAUUUAUUCAGUUUUUAUAUUUUGCAGAAUGAUGAGUGGAUUCGGAGUGUCUGGUUGUACAAUAACUUAUGCGUACCUUGGAGAAUUUUUAAACGCCAAAUAUCGCGAAAAGUUUUUAUGUUGGAUGGAGAUUUUCUGGACGAUUGGCGUAAUACUACUUCCGUGUAUAGCGUGGAUAAUUAUACCGCAAACAUUUCGAAUCGAAAGUGGAUUCUUUUUGUUCAGGUCGUGGAAUUUAUUUGUAAUUAUUUGUUCUCUUCCGAGUAUAAUAACGACGUGCUUAUUGAUGUUAUUACCAGAAAGUCCAAAAUACCUACUCGUUAAGGGCAAACACGAAGAAACCCUUGAUUGCUUGAGAUUCGUCCAUAGGUGGAAUAAUAAAAAGACCGACCAGAGUUUCCCUGUGAUUUCGUUGACGUUGCCGGAUCGCAUUAGCGAAACGAGCAAAGGUUUCUUUAGCGGGAUGGGCAAGAGCCUUUUCGAAUUGAUCACGUCGAAGUACAAAACCGUGCUCGCGAUUACAUGUAUCAUGCAGUUCUGCGUGACCGCCAGUUACUACAUGAUGAUGCUGUGGUUUCCAGAGUUGAUGAACAGGUUGCGAUGGUACGAGACAACGUACCCGAGUGCCCAGAACAAGACGACCAUGUGCGAAGUGUUGUCCAUGUACAAAGUCGAACCGAACGCGUUGGCCGACGUCAGGUGCAACGACGACAUCGACGGGUCCGUGUACUUGAACAUCCUGAUCGUGGGCGUCGCUUGCCUGCCUCUUUGUUUCAUCGUGCCGCUGUACGUCAACAAACUCGGGCUCAGGUUUUUCUUGGCAACGUGUCUGUUUGGGUCCGGCUUGACUGCUGUUUGCUUGUACUACAUCUCGUCGUCGAUGGAAAUCCUCGCGUUCGCUUCCGUGUUUGAAGCUCUUAGCAGCACAGGUUUCGGACUGAUAUUUUGCGUCGCCGUGGAACUAUUUCCCGUAGAAUACACGGGCUUGGCUGUAGCGAUAGGCUCCACGUUCGGUAAAAUCGGUUCAAUUGUGGGCAACGUCGUCGUCGGAAUUUUCAUCGACGCGUAUUGUAUUGUUCCGAUCGUGGUAUCGUGUUCAUUUUUGCUAUUUUCAGGAUUUCUGAUUUUUACAUUACCGAAAACUAUAAGAAAUGACAGCAAAGGAAAUGAAAAUUAGUUUUAAUUUCUUUUAGAAAUGUAUUAUGUUUUAAAUGUUCAUCGUUCUUUUCCUA